AUGGCCACCAAACAAAUAUUGAGACGGCAAAUCAAGAGGGCGAUAAGGGCCCUUGAUUACGAUACUAUCGCUACAGAAUCACAUGCUAUAUCUCAAGUAGUACGGUCAUUAAUUGCUUCCACUCACACUAAAAGUGUAGCAUGUUAUAUGAGCAUGGAUAAAGGAGAAGUAACAACCGGAGAAAUCAUCAAGAACCUAUUUGAUGAUGGAAAAGAGGUUUUUUUGCCAAGAUGCACACAUACUUCCGAAUCCAAGCAUUUCAAAUUACGGGAUGACCAUCAUCCACAUUUAAUAUUCCAUCGAAUGACUAGUUUGACAAUGGUACGUGAUUUGAAGCCCCAAGGUCCAUAUCAAUUAAAGGAGCCUGAACCCCACUUUGAGGAAGCCACCAAUUUGGAUCUUGUUUUGGUGCCUGGGGUGGCAUUUGAUCUCAAAACCGGUGCAAGGAUGGGCCACGGUGCUGGGUACUAUGAUGAUUUCUUUCAACGGUAUAAGAUAGUACAUGAUGGCCAUAAACCACUUCUAGUUGGGUUAUGCCUUGUAGAACAAGUGACUGCGCCUAUUCCUUUGGAGAAACAUGAUUUCCCUAUGGACUGUAUAGUAUGUGGAGAUGGAUCCAUACAUUGGGUUAAAUAG